CUAAAAGAUGCUGCGGCUGACAAUGAGAGGCUAUGGCAGAUAUUUAUAACUUGCAACACCUCCAAAACAAUUGACAUCAUAGAGUUGCGUUCCGGGAUUCUAAUUUUCUCCUUAUAGGACAAUCCUUGAUUUAAGGUUCCACAGAAAGUUUGGGCACUUGAUGGAUAUUACAACAAAAAAGCGAAAAGCCGACGAGCUUGGCAUCGACGCUCAUGAAGACGAGCGACGACAACAACACUUUAAAUUUGAACAAAACGGCUAUACCAACGAUGCUAAGGACGAAUCGGGUAGACUAAAAACAACGACGACUGCAGACGAGAAUCAUCAACAACAGCAACCGGCAUCGGUGGUACCAUUUGACCGACUCAUUGUUUUCCAUGUGGAAGCUACAUGCGACGAGAAUUUAACCAAUCCUGCUGCCAUUCAAGUGACCAAGGAAAAUUCAGAAAUCAUUGACUUGUCGUUUGUUGUCCUCGAUACAAGCACCAUGCAGGUUGUUCACGAAGAAAAGAUCGCCGUACGACCUGAACGCACACCCUUGACGAAUUUUUGCACAGCAAUUACCAACAUUACAUGGGACCAGCUAAGUUCAGCAGGAACGUUUAAAGACGCCAUACGCAAAUUCGAUCAAUACGUCCAAGAGGAAAUUUUAUCGCGCGACAUGACGUUUUGUUUUGUGACGCAUGGUGGUUGGAUUUUACGGAUACAAAUGGCCCGCGAGGCUAUGGACAAAAACUUGGAAUUACCAGAAUACCUAUCCAUGUAUCAAAUGUUUGAUCUCAAGCAAGAAGUCCAGCGAUGGCAAAUGCAACAUCAUCCAGAAAUCAGUCUACGCACGACCUCUUUGACAGACCUAUGCGAAGCAUUUCACAUUGAACGAGGAUCUGCUGCUGACGUUGGACUCGAUUCCGCAUUGACGGUUGCCAAAGUUGUCCGUCAUCUGACCAGUUUUCGCCAUCCAGACGUGUUUACAAAACCAAUCCAUUUCGGUGCUGAUCUACAACGGUUCAAGAACGAAGAAUCCAAGGUUGUGCGGUUGGCUGGUUUACCCUAUGAAUUGACGCAAGGUGAAUUGGAAGCAUGGUUCUCAUCGAACGGACUCAGACCGGCAACGACGUGGAUGAUUCAGACAACAGAACACUCCAAGCCGAGCUUGUCUGGGUUUGUUCUGUUUCAAUCCCAUGAUGAGGCAUUGCGUGCUUUGAGGCUGAACGGCCGAUGUCUUGGCGACCGGCCCAUUGAAGUGGCGCCUAGUAACGAAUGUGUCAUUGAACAAGCGGCAGGUCUAUUGACACCAUUUCCUGUGCAAGCCAACAAUCGACGGCUUCGUCCUGGUGAUUGGAUGUGUCCAAACUGCUCGUUUCACAACUUUGCAUCCAGACGUAACUGUUUCAAAUGCAACGCUGAAAGUCCUCAUAACAACAGUACCAAUAAUAAUGGCGGAUCAUCAUCAACAAAGACAACAGCUACUCCAGGAGGAAAAGCAUCCAACUUUACACCAGGCGACUGGCUAUGUCCAAAUACCACAUGCCAAUUUCACAAUUAUUCAUCACGGUAUCAGUGCUGGAAAUGUGGCACGGAUCGUCCAACAGCAACAGCAGCAGCAUCGUCAGGGGCAGCAAAUGACAAAACAAAUGAUAGCACAUCGACACCAACUACACCAACAGGUCCAGCCGCUGGUACUGCUGGGGUUGUUCCUGGCAACACUCCUAUUGCACCUGUCACACAUCCUACUCCCAUUGUCCCAUCUCGACAUUCUGUCCGACCGGGCGACUGGUUCUGCCCAAAUUCAGAAUGUUGCUUCCAAAACUUUGCGUCACGAACAGCAUGCUAUCGCUGUCAUACACCGAAUCCGCAUACUCCCUCUUACCCACAACAGUCUUACAAUUAUACCGAUCCAACGGGCGCCACGGCUGUAGGUGGUGCUACUGGCACACCUUCACCAUAUCCUUCGGCCCAGUACCGAGCUGGUGAUUGGAUCUGCACUGCGUGUAGUACGCACAAUUUUGCCAGCAGACAACAAUGUCUUUUUUGCAGUGCUGGAAGGACAAGCAUGUCUCCAAGUGCCAUGCCAACUGGUAUCUCUACUUCUGUAAAACCUGGCGACUGGAUCUGUCAAAGCGAAGGAUGUGGUUUCCACAAUUUUGCGAAAAGAACACAUUGCGCACGCUGCGGGGCACCCUCUGAUCCAUCCAUGGCAAUAGCUAUGGAUUCUUGGUGUUAAUAAAUAAAUGUGAUAACUUAUGCUGUAGCAUGGCUUGAUACCGCAGCAGCUGCUUGAUUUUAUUUCCAGCAGUAGCUAGUAGUAGUUGUAAUUGCAUGGAAAUAUGAACAAGAACAAUAGUAUUACGAUAUCCG